AUGGACAAUAAUACAGCAGGAGAGAGACGGAUAGUGAUUGGUGUGGAUGGAAGCCAGCACAGUGCAAGAGCUUUCCAGUGUAAGUGGCAAAUAAGUUGAAAAGUUUUCUUCAGAUGCGAGCUUCACUUUCCUACUGUCUCACAUCCGUUCUGGGUGAAGCUGAAGUUCUGCAUCAUAAGGGUUGUGUAACAGUUGUUAAGGUUUAUAAACAAUUACCUGAUAACGACAAAUCGGCUGGCCUUUCACCAAGGAUCUUUUCAUCGAUUCUCCCUAAUAACCAGCAUACAUUUAUCAUAAUGACGGUUUUGGUGUCGGGUUAAGCCAUACCCCCUGGGGGAGAUUUUCUCUUGACAACGUAUUUUAAUUGUAAAUAGAAAUUAUUUAAUUAAUAGACACGACGAGGAAUGACUGGGUUGAAGUAGGGGUCUAGACACGAGUUUUGAUAUGAGUUUCGCCUUGACGGUUAAGUUGUGAUGUAUUAGUAUUGCAUCAGUACUAUUAACCUCUUCACAAUACUUGUAAGUCAGUUUAGCCCCUGUGCUGUUACCCAGUAAUCGAGACAGAGGCUGAAGAAAAAGGAAGAAGAUGAACAAAAAAGGCUUUGUUUUUAAUUUUUGUUCCACCCAUUCAUGCACUUCUGUCAACUUCUCUUCAAUACCUCACAACCGUUUACUUCUAUUUUCCUUUCCAAUACCUUACAUCUUCCGAUGAGACAGCGAGGGGCGGGGGUUACCGAAGGUUGUUGGCAAAGAAUAUGUUAUAAACACUACAAUCUUCUUGGUUUUGUUUAAGCGCUUUCUGCACGGCUUAUUGGGAGGAUAAAAUUUUUUUCUUGUUAUCUGUCAACGCUCUUAUCAAUUAAUUUCAUUGAAUCGAUUUCAGGGUUAGUCAAGAAUAUGUGUAACAUGGAAACGGACCGACUACUUGUUGUUCAUGCGUACGAGCCUCCGUCUAUGGCAGUUUAUCCCUACGCUCGUAAGUGUCACAAAUUACGACUUAAACUACAAUUAAUAUAUCAUGCAUUAGGCUAAGAAAAAAUUUAUAACAAAGGGUAGCAGGUUGCCUAUAUUUCUUUUUUUUCCCCUUAAGUGUAAUUCAAAUGCUCAAUACAAAGUGCUCAUUCUUCCGAAUCAUACGUGAACAAAGUCAUUACUUAAGGUAUUUUUAUUGGUGUAGCGCACAGACCUGAGUUCUCAAGACUACGAGAAAAUAAUGGCUUCUUGUCUGGGCCCAGGGAAAUGUCAAAUUCCCUUAAAUUAUUUACAGAUACUCGUGGCUGGACCACCCCAUGCGUGUCUUGACAUGUAAGACUGACUUGAAAAUUAGGUUUACAAAUAAACGGCGGUUACAUCUAUAAAGUUCAGCAUGGUAAUACUUUCAGAUUAUAACCAAGCAUUAAGAAUCCGUUUUUCAAAAUAUUUGUAACACAACACCUCUUCGCGCUGCGAGGUGAGAGUCACGUUUCGCUGAAAUCGAAAGGGAUGUUUACUUGCACGUGUCUCGCAUCGUUUUUCGUUUGGCACACAGAGAAUGAAAAACAUCUGUCUUCUUUCAGUUAGCCUUGGUCGCCUGUCAGUAAGAUUAAUGUAAUGACUAACAGCAAUGAGACUGGUUCUUUUGAUAUCAAACUGACAUCGGUAAGGAGAAACUACAUUAAGAGACCACAAUGCUUUCUACCCAAGCUAAAAAUAACAGAAGCGAGAUCGACAUAUCCCAGCCAAUGCCCUGGAUUUUCCCUCUCUGUCCCUUUAUUUUCUCUUGCUUGAACUGAAUGCCUGGACAUAACUAAGGAAAAAUGUGCAACAGUAUCACUAAAUGUCAGUUCUUUCAGAUGGUUCCGCAUACUACGAGGCUAUGCAACUCUCUCUGAAAAAAGACAAGAAAGAAUUGGAAGAGCUGUGGCAGAUGUAUGAGAGGAAAUGCAAGCACUACAAGGUUUAUGAGAUUUACUUUUAAGAAUACGAAUGAGCUUUGUUAUAUAUAAAAAAACACUGCCUGAUGUAGGCAAGGGAAAUUUUUCGGCACCUCUCGUUUUAAUUUCAUUAAACCAAUGGCAAAGCAAAUACAACGUAAAUCAGAAUUUUAAGUAAGGACAAGCAUGCAAACUGCUCAUUAUGUGUAAACGCGAGGAAGCAAUUUUCAAUCGAGUGUCGAAAGUAAUCCGGAAUUGCAUUGGUUUUGCUUUACUUUGCACUGUGAUUGGUCCAGAAAACUCGCGCCAUUCUCUAAACCAAUCAGGUUCAAACUAAAACCAAUAACGACAGUUACUUGCCUUUUCCCGCACUUUAGGCCCGUUGCCAUUUACUAUGCAUUCUCAUUGGUAUUUUGGGAUAUAUUCCUUUUUCUGAUAAGCCGUUUUAUUCUUUUUGGUUUUGGUUUAGCAUCAAGUAACCAGUGGCGGAUCCAGGCCUUGAGCUAAAGGAGGGAGGGGGGGGCGGUUUUUGUCGCUUGCCCUGCCAGCUUUACUUCCUUCUACGAUUCUUUUUUAUUUAUAUUUUUUUAACCCAAAAUAAGGGGGGGCCAGGGCCCCCCGAGUCCCCCGGGCUCCUCCCAUAGGUAACUAAUAUAUUUUGCUUUGUGCUUGGUUGAUUGUGUGGACAGAGUUCUUUUCUGGUUCAAAGAAAGAGGGAGGUAGAGCAAAAUCAAUACAACACCCUAUUUUGUUCGACACUCAAUUGAAAAUUCCUCUGACGAGUAUGUUUAGAAUCAAGAGGCUUCCUUGAUCAAACGACGAACGUGAGACGAUGAGCAUGACUUUUUAAAGAUAUAUUAAGUGCAUGAAUGUAUUGCAAAAAAGAAUGAUACAAGCCAAGAUUUGCCUAGUUUAUUAGUUUAUUGCAAAAACGUUAAAAGCGAAAACGGUGAAGCCUUGAAAUUAACUAUUAGAUAUUUGCUGACAAUUGGAUGCGUGGAGCUAAGAUAAUCUACGACUAAUAUUAAAGGGGGUAAGUUUUUAAAGAAAUUGUAGUGCUGCGUCGGUGAGAGAGUAUAGCAGGUAAUUUAGUAUUAUCAGCUGAGUUGAUAACGUAAAUUGGCCACCGUAAAGAGUUUAAAGGCUGACGUUUCGGGCGUUAGCUCUUCGUCAAUCGCUCUGACGAAGGGCUAACGCUCGAAACGUCAGCCUUUAAACUCUUUGCGGUGGACAAUUUACGUUUUCGUCCCAGUUGUUAAUACUAAAUUAUCUGUUACGACUACUUUUAGUUGAGGUUGCGGUUGUUUUUUUCCUUUGUUUAAAACCAUCUUAUAAGUGCGAUUUAAAAUAAGACAUCCUGAAAGUAGUUUUGUAUUGCUAUGUUCUGACAGCUUAAUUACAAGUUGUUCAAUGAGGAAAGUUGCAAACCUGGAGAAGCGAUCUGUAAAGUGGCAAACGAAGAAGAUGCGCAUUUCAUCGUCGUGGGUUCCCGUGGCUGUGGAACACUGCGGCGGACAUUCCUUGGUAGUGUCAGUGACUAUUGUUUGCAUCAUGCUCAUAUUCCUGUAGCGAUUAUUCCACCUCCAAGCUAA